AUGAACACCAAGGAGCUCUUCAAACAGGCCAGGGAAAAAGUUGUGGAGAAGUACAGACACCUGGAAGACAACAGGAUCAAAAGAAUCUCCAAGCAGGCAUUCUCAGGACUCUACUCACUAAGAAGACUAUUUCUCAGUCAGAAUCGGAUUACGUUGUUGAAGGCUGGCAUUUUUGAAGACCUUUGGAACCUGGAGUGGCUGAUUCUUGAUGAAAAUAGAAUAGCAUCUCUGAGACAGAAAUCGUUUGAGGGGCUGAAAUCGUUAUUUUUCCUGUCUUUGCUGAACAAUUCCCUAGAAUCCAUCCCCAAGAAAUCUGUCUGCCAGGAAAUGCCUAGAUUAAACUGGCUAGAACUGGAGGGGAACAAGAUAUCAUCUUUGUGGGUUUCCAGCUUUCAAAACUGCACCACUCUGACAGUAUUGGCUCUUCGAAAAAACAGAAUACAAACUAUUGAGGAGGGAAUAUUUUCUGGCAUGCCAAACCUGAUAGACUUGGACGUAUCUUUAAACAAAAUUGAGGAGUUCUCACCAACUACAUUUACAAAUCUUCAAAACCUAAAACAGUUGAACAUCUCAAAUAACCCUCUGACUCAUAUCUAUGAUGAUCAGUUUGACAUGUUUGUCAAUUUGCAAUCUCUGAGUAUAGAGGAGGUCGACAUACCAAACAUCAGUAUUCAGAUGUUUCGCUCUCUUCGGAACUUGGCCCAUAUUUAUUUUAAGAAAUUUGAAUACUGUGGCUACUCUCCUAAUGUGCGAAGUUGCAAGCCAAACACUGAUGGGAUUUCAACAUUUGAGAAUCUUCUUGCGAACAUCAUCCUUCGCGUUUUUGUGUGGGUGGUGGCCUUCAUCAUCUGCUUUGGCAACGUUUUUGUGAUAUGCCUGCGGUCUUGCAUUGCAUCCGAAAACCAGCACCACACCAUGGCCAUCAUAUCACUGUGCUGUGCUGACUGCUUGAUGGGAGUAUACCUGUUCUUCAUUGGUGCAUUCGACAUCAAAUACUGUGGAGAGUACAACAGACACGCCCAGCUGUGGAUGGAGAGCAUGCAGUGCCAGUUGAUUGGCUCUCUGGCCAUGCUGUCCACUGAGGUGUCAGUCAUGCUUCUGACCUACAUGACUAUGGAGAAGUACCUGUGCAUUGUGUUCCCCUUCCACAACUACAGAGCCGGACGGAAACAGACACUCUGCUACCUCAUCUUCAUCUGGGUCCUGGGUUUCAUAAUCGCCGUCAUUCCCCUCUGGGACAAGCAGACGUUUGGGAAUUACUACGGCAGGAAUGGAGUGUGUUUUCCACUUCACUCAGACGAGAUGGAGAAACCAGGUGCCCGAUGCUACUCCACUGGAAUAUUUCUGGGGUUGAAUCUCUUUGCAUUCGUCAUGAUCGUCUUCUCCUACACCAGCAUGUUUUACUCUGUACAGAAAACUGCUAAGACAGCAAGACAGUCUGUCUACAACAAGGAGGUCUCUAUAGCCAAGAGGUUUUUCUUUAUUGUUUUCACAGAUGCCAUGUGUUGGACACCUAUAUUCAUCCUAAAGAUCCUCUCUCUUUUACAAGUGAAAAUAGCAGGAACAAUCGUUUUAUGGGUGGUGAUCUUCAUCUUGCCCAUCAAUAGUGCCCUAAACCCCAUCCUGUACACCAUCACCACCAGCUCCUUCCAGGAGAGACUGAAACUCUGCCUGAAGGCCAAGUGCAAACAGACUGGGCUCAAGGAAACUUCCCAAAAAGUAUCUGAAGUCUACCAGAACCCCAGCCCUCCUCCUUAACAAAAAGGAACCUCUCAGUCAGGGAGCUAGCCAACACUCCUGGGUGUGCAGGCUUUUAUUCCAGUCCUUCUGGAACACACCUGAUUCAGAUCAUCAAGAUCUUGCAGAUCAUCUGAUUAAUAGGAUCAGUGUGUUUGAGCAGGGCUUGAGCAAAGCCUGCAUACCGAGUAGCUCUCUAGGAGGGUUGGCUAUCCAUGCUCUUAUGUAAUUUGAUAUGGAGAGUGAUGUAUUCAUGUAAUCAUUCUUUACCAGCAAGAGAACAAAUUCUCUGGGAACCAAUUUAUUGCCAAAUGUUUUGUGAAUACAUAAUGUACAGUUACAGUAAACACAUGUGCAGAAUCAACGUAUUUUCCUGACCCAAAUUACAGUAUACCAAACAUUCGGAACACCUUCCUAAUAUUGAGUUGCACACCCCCCCCCCCUUUUGCCCUCAGAACAGGUCUCUGCAAGGCAUCUACUACUAUACCCCAAUCAAAGGCGCUUUAAUCUUUAAUUUGUCUUGCCCAUUCACCCUCUGAAUGGCACACAUACACAUUCCACAUCUCAAUUGUCUCAAGGCUUAAAAA